AUGCCACCCAAGAAGAAGCAGCCACAGCCAUCCGACAAGAAUAGAGCCAAGGCCAAGGCCAAGGCAGCAGAAGACAAGACCUUUGGGCUCAAGAAUAAAAACAAGUCCAAGAAGGUUCAGGCACAAAUCGACCAAGUUAAAGCAGGUGCCGAUGGAGGUCUAGCUCGUAAGAAGGAGGCCGAAGCCAAGCGAAGAGCCGAGGAGAAAAAGGCAGCUGAAGAAGCUAAGAAGGAGGCAGCCGCGUUGUUCGGAAUUGUCCAACAGAAAGUGCCUUUUGGAGUGGAUCCGAAAUCGAUUCUCUGUGAAUUCUUCAAGAAAGGUGUCUGUAAUAAGGGAAACAAAUGUAAAUUCUCACACGACAUAAACAUUGGAAGAAAGGACGCAAAGAAAGAUUUGUACACAGACGCUAGAGAGGAGAAAGAACAAGAUACCAUGGACAAUUGGGACGAAGCUAAGUUGAGAAGCGUGAUUUUGUCCAAACACGGAAACCCCAAGACCACCACCGACAUUGUAUGUAAAUACUUCAUUGAUGCAGUGGAGAACGGGAAAUAUGGAUGGUUUUGGGUGUGUCCCAACGGAGGCAAUGAAUGUAAAUAUAGACAUUCGUUACCACCAGGAUUCGUUUUGAAGACCAAAGAACAAAAGCGUCUUGAAAAAAUAGCAUCAGAAUCCGCUCCAAAGAUCACACUCGAAGAGUUUAUAGAAUUGGAGAGGGGCAAAUUGGAUCGGAGCAGCUUUACGCCGAUUACGCUCGAGUCAUUUGCAGAAUGGAAAAAGAAAAUUCAGGCCAAACGUGAGGACGAUAGGUUGAAAGAACAAAAACUGGGUAAGCGCCCCAAGACUGGAAGAGAGAUUAUCUUGGAGAAGUUUGCUGAUAAAUACUAUGAGGAGGACAAUGAUAAUGGAGAUGAGUGGGAUUUGUCCGAGUUCCGCAAAAACUUGCCUGAAGAUGAAACGAACAUUAAAGAUUAUGGUGAUGGACACGGCGUCAAUGGCGCAAGUUCGAUUAAUGGAACUAGCUAG